AGGACAUUGUUUAAUCCAAAAUGCUUAAUUAUGAAACAAGUAUUCAUCACAUGACUAGCUCUGCAAAAGCUAACUUUUGCCCUGAAACAUGCAAAAAGAUUUAUUAUUAGCAGCAGCAGUAGCAUGGACAAAUUCAAGACUUCUGCAAGUAGUUACAUUACUACACAACCACCGUUUUUGCCAUGCAUUUUAGGUUUCAAGCUCAUCAUUAUUCAAUGAUGCUGAAGCCCACCCAGCUAUAUAUAUAUAUAUAUAUAUAUAAUGACCCAGCUAGUUAGCUACAUGUAACAUAUUAAAUUCUUGGAAUAAUGCCAAUGGCUGCUACCCAGAUGGUGUUUUUUCUUUUAGCAGUAGCUGAAAGUGUUGUUCUUCAAUCUGAGGCUCGAGCAUUCUUUGUUUUUGGCGAUUCACUCGUAGAUAGCGGCAAUAACAACUACCUUGUAACAACUGCCCGUGCAGAUUCUCCUCCUUAUGGAAUUGAUUACCCAACUCAUCGUCCCACCGGCCGUUUCUCUAAUGGCCUCAACAUUCCAGACAUUAUCAGUGAGCGAAUCGGAGCACAACCUGUGUUGCCAUAUCUGAGUCCAGAACUGACAGCACAAAGGUUGCUUAAUGGUGCAAAUUUUGCUUCUGCCGGGAUUGGAAUCCUCAAUGACACUGGGUUUCAAUUUCUGAAUGUUAUCAGAAUGUAUAGGCAACUGGAAUACUUUCAACAAUACCAGCAGAGGGUUGGUGCUCUUAUUGGAGUUGAUCGAACUAAGCGACUUGUCAAUGGAGCUCUAAUCCUGAUCACUGUCGGUGGCAAUGAUUUUGUAAACAACUAUUACUUGGUUCCCUAUUCUGCUAGAUCUCGCCAAUUUGCUUUGCCUGAUUAUGUCAAGUUUCUUGUCUCAGAGUACAGAAAAUUAUUAAUGGAACUGUAUAAAUUGGGAGCACGAAGAGUUCUAGUGACAGGCACUGGACCACUGGGCUGCGCUCCAGCAGAAUUAGCUACACGGGGCACAAAUGGUGGUUGCUCUGAUGAACUUCAGCGAGCUGCUUCCUUGUACAAUCCUCAACUUGUUGAGAUGCUAAAAAGGCUGAACCAAAAAAUUGGCAAAGACGUGUUUAUUGUUGCAAAUACACAAAGACUGCACAUGGAUUUCAUCAGUAACCCUCAAGCCUAUGGAUUUACUACAUCAAAGGUUGCCUGUUGUGGACAAGGACCAUACAAUGGUCUUGGACUAUGCACAGAAAUAUCAAACUUAUGUCAAAACAGAAGUCAGUAUGCAUUCUGGGAUCCAUUCCAUCCAUCUGAGAAGGCAAAUAGGCUGAUUGUUGAAUCAAUAUUCUCUGGCUCAACCAGUUACAUGGUCCCCAUGAAUCUUAGCACCACCAUGGCCUUGGAUGCCAGGACUUGAUCCCAUUUCUUUAUAACGACUUGGUGCUCAGUAUCAAUAAUGUGCAACAUUUGUUGUCUUCAGUAUAUGAUUUCUGAGGAAUAAUUGAUCUGCAUUUAAGCUGAUAGGAAUAUUCAACUGUAAUUUUCUUUCUCUUGUUUCUAUUUCCUAAUGGAAAAGCAAUAAACGAUUGAUUUUUUACCUCU